AUGGGGGGAGAGAUUAGCCGUGUUGUGAUGUCCCUAGGGGUAGUAUUAGAUAGUGCUACGGGAUUCUCCCCCCAGCUCAAAUCAGUUUAUGAUAAAGCGGAACGGUUCUUGGGCGCCAUACGGAGCCUACUCCCAAACGUCGGUGGGCUCAACGAUUUAGUCAGGAGACUGUAUUAUGGCGUCUGGGAGUCUGUGGUUUUAUAUAGCGCACUGAUAUGGGUCUCCUCCCUGCGAAGGGAAACAAAUUGGACGAUCAUGAAAUGGGCGCAAAGGGCGCCGUUGAUCCGUACGUCUACCGCCUACCGGAUAGUGUUACAUGGGGCUCUGUGUGUGCUUACCGGUAGCAUGCCAAUUUACAUCAAGGCAUGGUUGCAGUGGUAG